GUCACGAUCAUCUGUUCAGGGCGCAUCAUCAUCAUCAGUACCGUGGGCUUCAGAGCAGCUUCGAGGAACAGGGUCUUCUGUUCAGACUCCCAGAGUCUGCAUUUCUAUUCUGGUUGAGAGUGUGGACAGCGGGUAAUCAUGGGAGAACUAUUCCGGAGUGAGGAGAUGACCCUAGCGCAGCUUUUCCUGCAGUCAGAAGCUGCAUACUGCUGUGUCAGUGAACUGGGGGAACUGGGAAUGGUGCAGUUCAGAGAUCUGAACCCUGAUGUGAACGUGUUCCAGAGGAAGUUUGUCAAUGAAGUGAGGCGCUGUGAGGAAAUGGACAGAAAGCUGCGGUUUGUGGAGAAGGAGAUUAAGAAAGCCAACAUCCCCACAGUGGACACUGGAGAGAAUCCAGAAGUCCCCUUCCCACGAGACAUGAUUGACCUUGAGGCAACUUUUGAGAAGUUGGAGAAUGAGCUGAAGGAGAUCAAUACCAAUCAAGAAGCUCUGAAGAAGAACUUUCUGGAACUGACUGAGCUCAAGCAUAUCCUCAGACGCACUCAGCAGUUCUUUGAUGAGAUGGAGGACCCCAACUUGCUGGAAGAAUCUUCAUCUCUGCUGGACCCCAGUGAGGCUGGGAGAGGGGCUCCACUGAGGCUUGGGUUUGUUGCUGGGGUGAUAAACCGUGAGCGGAUCCCCACAUUCGAGCGCAUGCUGUGGCGAGUUUGUCGUGGCAACGUGUUUUUAAGGCAGGCUGAGAUUGAGGACCCUCUUGAGGACCCUACAACAGGAGAUCAAGUGCACAAGUCGGUGUUUAUCAUCUUCUUCCAAGGAGACCAGCUGAAGAACCGGGUGAAGAAGAUCUGUGAAGGGUUCCGUGCAUCUCUGUACCCAUGUCCCGAGACCCCACAAGAGAGGAAGGAGAUGGCAGCUGGUGUGAACACCCGUAUUGAUGACCUGCAGAUGGUUUUGAACCAAACCGAGGACCACCGUCAGAGGGUCCUUCAGGCUGCCGCCAAAACCAUGCGUGUUUGGUUCAUCAAAGUGAGGAAGAUGAAAGCCAUCUACCACACACUCAAUCUCUGCAACAUUGACGUCACUCAGAAAUGCUUGAUUGCGGAGGUGUGGUGCCCUGUCUCUGACCUGGACUCCAUACAGUUUGCUCUGCGAAGGGGAACGGAGAGGAGUGGAUCAACUGUUCCUUCAAUCUUGAACAGAAUGCAGACCAAGCAGACUCCGCCCACCUUCAACAAGACAAACAAAUUCACCUCUGGCUUCCAAAACAUUGUGGAUGCUUAUGGAAUUGGAACCUACAGGGAGAUGAAUCCAGCACCCUACACCAUCAUCACCUUUCCCUUCCUGUUUGCUGUGAUGUUCGGGGACAUGGGUCACGGCUUGCUGAUGACCUGCGCCGCCCUCUACCUCGUGCUCAGGGAGAGCCGCCUGCUUGCCCAGAAGAGUGACAAUGAGAUGUUUAACAUGGUUUUUGCCGGCCGGUAUAUAAUCCUACUAAUGGGAAUCUUUUCUGUCUACACUGGAGUGAUCUACAAUGACUGCUUCUCCAAAUCACUCAACAUGUUUGGCUCAGGCUGGAGUGUCAAACCCAUGUUUGGCCCCAAAGGAGGCAACUGGUCGUUUGAGACACUCGAUGGAAAUGGUGUUCUGCAGCUUGAUCCUGCUGUACCUGGAGUUUUUGGUGGACCAUAUCCUCUGGGCAUCGACCCAAUUUGGAACAUAGCAACAAACAAGCUGACCUUCCUGAAUUCAUUUAAGAUGAAGAUGUCUGUGAUUCUGGGUGUGAUUCACAUGCUGUUUGGAGUCACUUUAUCUCUCUUCAAUCACCUGUACUUUAAGAAGCCCCUAAACAUCUUCCUGGGAUUCAUUCCUGAGAUCGUGUUCAUGAGCUGCCUGUUCGGAUACCUUAUCCUGCUGAUCUUCUAUAAAUGGACAGCGUAUGAUGCAGAAACCUCUAAAGAUGCUCCCAGCCUCCUCAUCGCCUUCAUCAACAUGUGUCUCUUUAACUACAAUGAUCCUACUAACAAACCUCUCUACAGUGGUCAGACUGGCAUCCAGUGCCUGUUAGUGAUAAUCGCCUUGGCCUGUGUUCCCUGCAUGCUGGUAGUGAAGACAAUGGUUCUCCGCCGCCAGCACCUCUGGAAGAAGCACCUCUCCCAGAUGAGGGAGGCAAGCCCUGCUGAGAAACUAGAAACUUUAGAGCAGGCAGGCACCAGCUCACCCACCGGACUCACCCAACAGGGCACGCAGAAGUUCGGGGGCGUCCGGGUUGGUAACGGUCCCACCGAGGAUGAGGCCGAGAUCAUCGAGCAUGACCAGCUAUCCCAGCACUCCGAGGACGGAGAUGAGCACUCAGAGGAAGAGCCGUUUGACUUUGGAGAUGUAGCAGUUCACCAGGCCAUUCACACUAUUGAAUACUGUCUUGGCUGUAUCUCCAACACUGCCUCCUACCUGCGCCUCUGGGCUCUUAGUCUGGCCCAUGCACAGCUGUCUGAGGUGCUGUGGGGAAUGGUCAUGCACCUGGGCCUGGCCUCCCGGAGUGGUGGUGGAUUCUUUGGCCUGUGUAUCAUCUUCCCAGCCUUUGCCACACUGACAGUGUGCAUUUUGUUGGUCAUGGAGGGGCUGUCUGCAUUCUUGCAUGCUCUGCGUCUGCACUGGGUGGAGUUCCAGAACAAGUUCUACACCGGCUUGGGCUUCAAGUUCGUGCCCUUCUCUUUUGACAGCAUCCUGGAGGGGCGCUUCGAUGAGUAAAGCCGCUCUAACUAUCUCCCAGCACAAACAAGGAUUUCCCAGUAUUCUGCUCUCUGCAUGGAGCCCACGUGUACCCUCUCAUGUCGUGUCAAUACAGCUGCUGUUAUGAAAUGGCCAUAAGCUAUUACAUUUGCCCUCUAAAUGACUACUAGGAAACCAUUGUUGUCAGUGUUCUUUUUCCCUAAAGCUAUCUUUCCUUCUCUUCAAUACAAAUAGAUGUUGCUAACAGUUUAGAAUAAAGAACUCAUCAUCACUAAAUAGUUGCACCCUGAAGGAAUUGUCAGAUUGCAAUGCUAUUCUAAAGGAACAAUAAAUGAUUAAAUAAUUGGACUGAUAUGGACAACUCUUGGUCAUACUUAUUGAGCAACACAUGCAGAAGUAGUGUGUAAUACAUGUGUAACAGAACAUCAGAUGUCUCAGCAUGGAGUUGUAGAGGUUCCUAAUGGAGUCCAGCAAUUAUCGAUUAGCAUUAAUGCCGCUCGAAUGCUAAUUUAUGCUAAUUAAUGCUAAUUAAUCCAUGGAGCAUUGAUGGCACGUCCAUAUGGAAUUCCUAACAUUUUCUAUAAGAGAUAGGUUUGACAUUGUAGCUGGCCAUUGCAUAGUAUCUGUGUCUUCAAGGCAAGCUUUUCAGAUCCACUGAUUGCAGAAUCUCAUUAAUGUAAGUUUGGGCUUAAAAAAGAUUUAAAUCUGGCAUUGACUCCACCCUUUUGGAGGUGUAACACAAGACAACAAUUCACAGUGCCUCCAUACAAGUAAUUGUUGGUUAUUGUUACCAAGACUCAGUUAAUUCUAUCUGGGUGCAACUAUUGUUUUGUUGAUUAGUGUAAAUUACCAUAGUAGUGCAGUACAGUAUCAGGAACAGUAUUUCUGAACAAUGCUGUGGUGUAAUGCCGAAAACGUGAAAUGUCAGCAUGACAAAUAUGACAAACUAAAGGUUAAACUUUAUUAUCCUGAGCAGCCCUUCUAAAGGAAUUCCAACAAUAACAAAGCACGGGGGAUACCCAUCCUCCUGUGGAAAAUACUCAUCACAUCUUUUACUGAUUCCCUCUGAUCACCCCGUCUCUCAUCUGCACUUAUUUUGUUACUGGAAUGCAACCAUUUGAGGAAAGGAAGCAGGAGCAGAUGUUUCCUGAUCAAGCCGAAGAUUCUUUAAAUCUGACUUCAGAUUUCCCAAACUAUAUUUCCCAUGGGGACUGUACUCAUAAAGGCUUUCCGAAGAGAAAAACUAUCUUAAGAUAUUUAUAAAAAGGGAUGUCCUUUACCAAGAUGAUCCUAACAAAUCUUACAUUCGUUCUUUAGAAAAGUAACUGCAAACUUUAUCAAAGUUUUAAUGAUCCUACUACGCUUGUGGAACCUUUACUUUUAGUAAGCCCUAAAAAAAGAAAAUCAAUGAAAAGUGAAUGUCAGUCAGUCAGUAAAAACUGGUGGCGUUAAAAAAAACAAGGUGUUUGAAAAAAAAAAAAAAGUCAAAAGUGAGUUUUGAGUUCAUAUGCAGAUUGCUUGUAAUGUAGCUGUUUAUGCUGCAUUUUGCAGCUUAUUAUGAAUGAGACACAUUUAUAAUUUUCCAUAAUAUAGUUAAAUUUGUGCACAAAUUGUUAAAAAUUAAGUAAACAAGGAACUGUAUUGAGUGGUGGAGGAAAUAAUCAACAGGACACAAAUCUAUCUUUAAAAAAUAGAAUAACAAUAGUGUGACAUCAGAAAGCUAUUGUUUUUCUUAAGUAGAAACUAACAGUAAUUUAAGAACAAUCACCACUUAUAAUACUGUAAAAAUAGAUAUUAAUUUUAGAAAUUUGACAGGUUAAAAUUAUAUGUCACCAUUUGAUCUUUUACAGAAUGUGAUAAGUUUAAGGCCAAGUGUAAGGUUACAAAAUAUUUAAGAACUUAUAUUUUUAUGAAUACCAAUUAUUAAGAUUUUUUUAAUCAAGAAAAUAAUGUAUUUAUUAAUAUAUAACUAUUUAUCUUGCAUUUGUUCUUUAGUAUAAAAUUAUAAAAAAGGUAUUUUCUAAGCUCGUUCUUAAGAUCUUACAACGUUUUGAAUCUGACCCCUGAUCUGUUACAACUCUUACUUAACUAUACCACCUACAGUCAUAGCCCUACGGCAGCUAUAAUAAACAUCAGUGACAUAUCUUUAGAUUCCUAAUCUAAGAAGCAGCAGAAGAAGCAUUUCACAAAUACUACAUAUUCAGUGGUAAAAUGUGUGUGUGUGUGUGUGUGUGUGUGUAAACUCUUCAACCACGGUGCAUAUCUGUAGCAGGUCAUCCAUACUGUGUGGUUUGUAAUUGCAGUGGCAGAAGAUGUAAUAAAAUGACCUGUAUAUUGAUGGCUCUGGUCUAUAACCACUAUAAAGAGGUGCUGUGCUCCGUGUUAUUGCUGGAAGUGUUGUUCUGUGUGUGGAUGUGAUUUUGGUCUGUGAGUGUAUGCAUGUUCCAUAAGAGACACCACUUCAAAUGUGUUUGUUGAUGUUUGUGAUGAGGUGGAGCACAUCUCUACCAGAAAUCCACCAUUAAAUAAACCUGCUGGGAGAAAAACA